CCAUUAACAAAAGUAAAACUAAAGGAAAAACAUUUACUCAAGCAAUGAAUUCAUUUUUUUGUCGAAAGAAUUGAAUUCAGUGAACACAAAAAUGACGAAAUUGAUUAAUAUAAUAAUCAAAAGUGCUUUCAAACUUUUAAACUAUUGGUUUGUUGUGUAAUCUUUCUGUGUAUUCAUGUUUUCUUAGAAAUGGGGUUUGAAAGAAGAAAAGGAGUUCAAUAGCCGUGUUGAGAGAGAAACACAAGAAUCAAGGAAAUAACGACAAAAUCAUGAAUUCAAACAACAACAGCAGCAGCCAUGGCGAAGUAGAUCAGCGUAACAAAGAAAGCCUUGAUUCCAGGUUCAAUCAAACCCUCAAGAAUGUCCAAGGGUUGCUUAAGGGUCGCAGUAUUCCUGGUAAAAUAUUAUUGACCAGAAGGUCAGAUAUACUUGAUGAUUCAGGUUCACAAGAACGAUCUCCCAGUUAUCAAAGAAGCUUCUCACAGAACGAUGCCGGUACAAGUGAUGACAUGGACAAAUCCAUGGAGGGAGGGGUCAGAAAUACAAAUAAUUCUGAUGGUAAUACAACUGAUAAUAAGUUAACAUCUUCAACCUCAAAGAAUGAUGAUGCUGCCAAUGAAGUCCAGAACUCUGCAAUGGGCACAAGAGCUACAGAUUCUGCCAGGGUUACGAAGUUCACUAAAGAGCUCUCAGGACAAAUGGUCAUAUUAGAGAGAUUACGUGAGUUAGCUUGGAGUGGUGUUCCGCCUUAUAUGCGUCCUAAUGUAUGGAGACUCCUGUUGGGAUAUGCACCACCUAAUUCAGAUAGAAGGGAGGGAGUUUUAAGGAGGAAACGCCUUGAGUAUCUUGAUUGUGUUGCUCAAUUUUAUGACAUUCCGGACACUGAGCGGUCUGCUGAUGAGAUUAAUAUGCUUCGCCAGAUUGCCGUUGAUUGUCCUAGGACUGUUCCUGAUGUCCCUUUCUUUCAGCAAGCUCAAGUUCAAAAAUCCUUGGAUCGCAUUCUUUAUACAUGGGCCAUUCGGCAUCCUGCAAGUGGGUAUGUGCAGGGGAUAAAUGAUCUUGUAACACCCUUUCUAGUUGUCUUCUUAUCUGAGUACUUAGAAGGGAGCAUAGAUAGUUGGUCAAUCUCAGAUAUGUCUUCUGGGAAGAUAUCCAACAUAGAAGCUGAUUGCUAUUGGUGCUUGUCAAAGUUGCUUGAUGGCAUGCAAGACCAUUACACAUUUGCUCAACCAGGAAUCCAGAGGCUUGUAUUUAAGCUGAAGGAAUUGGUUAGGCGCAUCGAUGAACCUGUUUCUAGACAUAUGGAGGACCAAGGGCUUGAAUAUCUUCAAUUCGCAUUUCGCUGGUUCAACUGCUUGCUAAUACGAGAGAUACCUUUUCAUCUAGUGACCCGUCUAUGGGACACGUAUCUUGCUGAAGGAGAUGCACUGCCAGAUUUUCUUGUCUACAUAUUUGCCAGUUUUCUUUUAACGUGGUCAGAUGAACUCCAGAAGCUUGACUUCCAAGAAAUGGUGAUGUUCCUUCAACACCUUCCAACUCAAAACUGGACAUAUCAAGAGCUUGAAACAGUACUUUCUAGGGCUUACAUAUGGCACAGUAUGUUUAACAGCUCUCCCAGCCACUUAGCUAGUUGAACAUAAAUUUUAUGUUGUUUAAUUAUUUACCAGUUGUCCAAUUUUCCUCUUUUAAUUUCUCUUUGUUUAUCAAAGUGAUUCAGGGAGCAAUGGGCUUUUUUAUUUUUAUUUUUUUUUGUUUGUUUUCAAGUAGAGGCCAAGAAAUGUACCUCCUUGUAUGUGGCAUUCUAUGUUACCCGGAAUUAGGAUGGUGGGAAUUUGUAUACAUAUAUGCGUCCAACAUGGAUAUGCAUAUAUAUUUUUUCAGCUUUUCUCAUGUAUUUGGAUGUAUUUUGGACACAGUUGAUGAUACAAACAACUUUAGGGAAAAUUACGAGUCUGAUUAACAUAGGUUUCAUGUAAUUUCAUAUUUGUUUGUAAUAUACAUAAACCUUGGGAAGAAUAACAAGUUUUGAAUUCCAUUAACAGAUAUGAAA